UGUUUUAAGUUUGUUCUGUAAGACGUCCCUAUCAUGACCCGGAAGUAAACAGAACGAGGCCACGCUAGCAUGCUAGCUGCGUUAGCUUGUGCUGAGACGACGGCGGUGUUUCGUUGGGACCUUCGUGAGGUUUGUGGACAGAAAGGACGAUACGUGGUUCGGUUCCGAACAACCCUGUUUAGCUAAAGUGUCGUAAAUGAGUGAAUACGUGUUGAACGUAAAGACAACGUGGCUGUGAUUGUGAGACUAGCAGAUGAUCGGAGCUGCUGCUGUUCAGAGGACUUUGGUGUUUGUUGGAGCUGAAGAUCUUCUGCAGCUGCAGGAACCAUGUCUUCAGAACCUCAGGAAGAUUCUGACAAAGAACAACUUUCUGCUGCUGAAGGAACCACCGUCCAGAACGAGCAGGAGCUCUGCGGUCAGCGCAGAAUGAUGGAUUCCCGCUGGAACCCGCAGCUUCGGCUCCACCGCAUAGUCCUCCCCCAGGAUUAUGGGACUGAAGAAGAUUCCUGUAACCAGCAGAGGAAUUUCAGAGUGAAACAGGAAGAACAAGAACCAUCACAAAUUAAAGAGGAACAGGAGGAACCAGAACCCCCACAGAUAAAAGAGGAGCAAGAGAAACUCUGCAUCAGUCAGGAUGAAAAGCAGCUUGAUCUGAAGCAGCAGACUGAGAUUCGUAAUUAUGAGGAACAUGUUGACAGUGAAGCAGAUGGAAACAAUCAGCAGAGCUUGAAAGGAACUGAUAGUCAGGAUGAAGAAGGAAACCAACUUGAAGAAUCAACAGGGUCUGGUACAAGAAGAAUUCCACACAAUGUGUCAGUGCACAUGAGAACUAAGUCUGAUGAAAGACCUUAUCUCUGUAAAGAAUGUGACAAACGUUUUAUUCAUCUCUUUCAUUUCAAAAAACACACGAGAACUCAUACAGGAGAAAGGCCUUUUUCUUGUAAAGAAUGUGAUACAAGUUUUAAUGAUGCAUAUCACCUCAAAAGACACAUGAGAAUCCAUACAGGAGAAAAACCUUUUUCUUGUGAAGAAUGUGAUAAAAGUUUUAGUUGCAUAUUUAAUCUAAAAACACACAUUAGAACUCAUACAGGAGAGAAGCCUUUUCCAUGUGAAGAAUGUGACAAAAGUUUUAGUCGAAUGUCUAGUCUCAAAACUCACAUGACAGUUCAUACAGGAGAGAAGCCUUUUACAUGUAAAGAAUGUGACAGAAGUUUUAGUCAAAUACCUCAUCUCAAAAUACACAUGAGAACUCACACAGGAGAGAAGCCUUUUACAUGUAAAGAAUGUGACAGAAGUUUUAUUCUUAUUUCUCAUCUCAAGACACACAUUAGAACUCAUACAGGAGAGAAGCCUUUUUUGUGUAAACAAUGUGAUAAAAGUUUUAGUCAGAUAUCUAGUCUCAAAAGACACAUGAGAACUCACACAGGAGAAAAGCCUUUUAUAUGUAAAGAAUGUGAUAAAAGUUUUAGUCAACUAUCUAAUUUCAGAACACACAUGAGAUCUCAUACAGGAGAGAAGCCUUUUUUGUGUAAUGAAUGUGACAGAAGUUUUAGUCAGAUAUCUAGUCUCAAAAGACACAUGAGAACUCACACAGGAGAAAAGCCUUUUUUAUGUAAAGAAUGUGAUAAAAGUUUUAGUUAACUAUCUAAUCUCAGAACACACAUGAGAUCUCAUACAGGAGAGAAGCCUUUUUUGUGUAAUGAAUGUCACAGAAGUUUUAGUCGCACAUCUGCUCUCACACUACACAUGAGAACUCAUACAGGAGAAAAACCUUUUAUGUGUAAAGAAUGUGAUAAAAGUUUUAGUUGCACAUUUAAUCUAAAAACACACAUGAAAAUUCAUGCAAGAAAGAAGCAUUUUUUUGUUUAAAGAAUUUCAUAAAAGUUUUGUCAAAUAAAUAUUCUCAAAAAACACUCACAAAGGAGAGAAACCUUUAAUUUUUUUUUUUUAAAUAAGUGAGAGUCACAGCAGAGGACUCGUGAUGAAAAGACAAUAAUGUUUUAACUAGCAAGGUUUAAAUAUUGUGAUAAACAUUUUUCCCUUCUUUUAAAGUCAACUUUUUGCUUCCGGGAUUACGCCGCAACAGCACGGAGGCAAGAGCACCUGCACAUUGAAAACUCUAUUUUUACUCCAAAAAGAGUAAAUAUUGUUAAAAACAAUUCCUGAUCAUGCCUCUGAAAAAAAACCAAGCAACGGACAAUUCGGAGGAUAUCAAGAAGUUGCUUGAUUUACUGCUGGAAGAAGUUCGAGCCAUCAAGAUGCAGUGCCAGAACAUUCUGGACAGGCUGGAGGAUGGGAGACAGUUUGUACCCACUGCAGUCUAAACAAGAGAUAAGUAUGAUUUCUGGUCUACGAGGUGAGGAGACAAACUUCACUAACAAUGGCUGAUAAAAACAACACAAUCUCUACAACAGUCAACUGUGAGCACGACUUUCAGAGAGAUCUGAACCGUCAGCAACCUGACCUUCAUAUAUUCAGUGAUAACGAUAACAACCAGCAAGAUGACAUAGACCCUGAUCAAUUCUUUUCCACUGUUAAUCUGGACUGCAGAUAUUACAGCAUAGAUGACUUUAAAAACUCUGUGAACCAAGAAGGAAGAUUGUCAAUCGUCCACUUUAACAGCAGAAGUAUGUACACCAACUUUGGAGAAUUCAAGGACUAUUUACAGAAUCUGGAACAUUCCUUUAACAUUAUAACCAUAUCUGAAACUUGGUUUAGUUGUGACAAGGAUGCUGACUUUGAAUUGGAAAACUACAAACUUCAUUUUGUGAACAGAGUAAACAGAAAAGGCGGAGGAGUCGCAAUUUAUGUGCAAAAAAAAGAAGUUCACAGUAAUUGAUACAGUGUCAGUUGCAGUGGAUGGAUUACUGGAAUGUAUUGCAAUGAAUCAGGGAAAAAUGUCGUUGUAAGCUGUAUAUACAGGUCACCAGGGUCAAGCUUAGAAGUGUUCAGUGACUGGAUUGUAAAAAUGUUUUACUCUCAAAAUAACAAAAUAUUGUUUAUCUGUGGAGAUUUCAAUAUAGAUCUGAUAAACCCAGGCAAACAUAAAGCAACAGAUGACUUUAUCAGCAGAAUGUACAGUAUGAGUUUAUAUCCAACCAUAACUAGACCCAGCAGAAUCACUGCUCAAAGUACUACUCUUAUUGAUAAUAUAUUCACAAAUAACAUAGAAAACACUCAUAUGAGUGAACUUAUGAUUUGUGACAUAACUGAUCAUUUACCAGUUUUUACACUGUCUGAUAUCAAUAUAAAAACAAAGAAAAUAAUCAAAGUAUCCGUCUGUUAAAGGUUAAGAAUGAAAAACAAUGAACUCUCUUAAUAAUGACUUAACCAGACAAAACUGGAACUCUGUACAGAGAGAAGGAUGUGGACACUGCUUAUAAAUGUUUUCUAGAAAUAUUUAUCUCACUAUACAACAAGAACUGUUCAAUUUAUCAAAUCAAGAAGAAAUUUGCUAAAUGUACUUGGUUAACUACUGGUCUACGAAAUGCUUGUAAAAAGAAAAAUAACCUAUAUAAAAAGUUCUUAAAACAAAGAUUGAGAGAAAAUGAACAGUGAUACAAAUCCUACAAAAAUAAACUGUCUGAAAUAACACGACACAGUAAAAAAGAGUACUGUAAUAAUCUACUGAAUGAAAAUAAAAACAAUGUGAAGCGAGUUUGGGAAAUAUUAAACACCAUCAUUAAAUAAGGGACAAAAAAACGAACGUACCCAGAUUACUUUACAGAUGAGAAGGGUCAAACCUAUUCCAUGAAUGAAGCAGCAAACGGUCUCAACAUCUGUUUUGUAAACGUGGGUCCAGCGUUGGCGGCAGAAAUUCCAAAGUGCAAAACCAACAUAGAAAAUAUUCCAUCCACCGCAAGGAUCCCACACUCCAUCUUUCUUUCUGAUGUGAAUGAAAAUGAGCUUAUAUCAACUGUUAAUAAAUUCCAGAGUAAAAAUUGUGAUAAUUGUGAUCAGUUGUGAUCUGCAAUUGUGAUUAUAGAUUGUGAUAAUAUAGAACUAUUUUCAAAGAAACCAGAUCAACCUCAAUGGCUAUCAGUAAUGCUGUAGAGGAAAUCACAAACGCUCUGGAUAAAAAGAAAUACGCAGCUGGAAUCUUCAUUGACUUAAAAA